AGCAUCUUGGCCAUCGAUCAAUCCUUUCCCGCUCAGUGGAGGGCAAUCGCCCUCGCUCGUCGUGGCAACGCUGUGGCCGCCUAUCUCUGCUCUUCAACAUGUCGUCCGAACACGACGACGGUAACCCAUACGGCGAGGUGUCAAGGGAGGCGAGCUCUUCGACCCACGCCCCGCCUCCCUCCUCAGAUGACAUUUCGCGCUACUCCACCCUCCUCCACGAGCACGCUCAAUACCUCUACAAUCGACUACACAGCGGAGGCGCAAGCUGGAAGCCCCGUCCUUCCCCCCAUCCGCACGCGCAAAUCGCUCCAUCCAGCUGGACGCGCUCUGAGCUCUCUAUCUUCUUCCGUUCCCUCGCCCGUUACUCUCGUCUACGACCCGACCUGAUCGCUCGAGAUCUUGGGGGUGGCAAGACGAUCGUUCAGGUCGUGCACUACAUCAAUGCUCUGCAAGAUGCAAAAUCAGCCUCACAACGUGGCCGCCGCAGAACUCGAGCCGCGGUCCUUGGGCGCACUCCUGCUGCUGUAGAGGUGGAUGACGCUUGGGUGGAGAAGGAGGAGAGACUGGCGGAGGCGCUCUAUCCUCGGACACCGACGUCCCAUCCUGGGCUCGGCGAAUGGACAGAAGAUAGCGUCGCCUCUGCAGCCGUCUACAUCGCCAAUCGAGCCAAGGCUGAGCGCGAAGCAUCCCUCGAUUCGGACGAUGGCAAGAUACCCAUCUACCAAUUCUCCUCCCUCAUCUCCUCCCUCUGCCACACGUCAUCAAAGCGAUCGCGAGGUACAAUGAAUGGCGAGCUGCGCAAAGCGUAUCAAGACUUUAUUCGGACUCAUCCUGCGGUUCCUUCACUCGAGCGGAUGAGAAGGUCAGGUGCAGGGAAUCUCGUCCGGUCACCAGAGAAGAUGCACCGCAAGAAACAGAAGAGACGACGCGCCAGCGAGUCUGAGGACGAGGACGAGGGAGAAGAGGCCAUCGAGGACAUUACCUCCCUGGCGCAUCGCCUAGUGCUCCGAAUGUGCGAGCUAGGCUUGCUUUGGAGGGUCGUAGAGACUGGGGACAAUACAACUGCCGAGCAAGACGACGAGCAGGUCUCGCCUCGCUUCCGCCUCGCACCUCCCCUCUACCAUCCCACCUCCUCCGUCAUCCACCAGUUCAGCACCUCCCGCAAAGCUCUCCACAUCACUGCCACCCAGCCACAACGCUUGCCGACGCGCUACCUCGACACGCAAUGCCUCGUUUGGGCCAGCGACAUCGCUGGGAGGGAUGCGCUGCUGCCUUCGCAAAACGAGGCUGCGACGGAUGGAAAAGGCGUGACAAGUCUGCUCAAGCAUAGCAUGCGGCGACGGAUCGCCGAGGGACAUGCGAGGAUGUUGCAAGCGAAGGAAGCAGCAUUGGAUCGACUGCUUGGAUCUUUGCGUUGCGAGGAGUUGGAAUGGUUGGAGACAGGCAUAGGGGGCGAAGGGCGCGCGAAUUCACCACAGCGAGGCUCUUCCUCGUCUCAGCCUGCAACCGAGCCUCGCUCGUCCCCGGCUGUUCGUACCUUCGAGGUUCACCGCGGCGGCCGAGGCAAGAAAACGACUACCUUCCGCGGUCACUCACUCGAGGGGAUGGACGAAGAUGAGCGGCGUCGCUUCAAGGCGAGGAUACGCAAGCAGGAGAGAAGGAGUGGCUUGGCCCAGCUCAAUUCGGGCUUAGCAUCGCAGCCUGCUGCUGCCGAAGCCAACGGCAACGGGUCUACUUCACCAAGUCUCGCUCCAGGCGCCGGCCCUUCCUCACCCUCCUCCCAUACGCCGGCCCCAGCUUCGAGCCCUUCACUCUCCUCGCAACGGCCUCCCAGCUUGCUCAAUCCCUUCAAACAUUUGCUCCUUCCCCUGCCGCCGGAUAAGCGCAAGAAGGCCGAAGCACGCCUGCGCAAGCGUAUCAAGCUUUGGGGCCUCGAGGAGACGUUGCGAGUUGGGUUGGGCAAUUUGGACGUGGAUGUGAGGUUGAGGGGGAAUCAGGAGUUGAGAAGAGCGAGAGAGGCAGGAGAUGAGGACGUAGAUCGAUCGCUGCAUCAGGAGGACGUAGCCGCGGCGCUGCAGGCCGCGUACGGCUCUCAAGCGGUUCACAAGGGGAUCCAGGACGAAGAAUCUCACCAGCCCUCGAUCUACAAUGGAGCAACCACCUCGCUUCAAUCCAGCAGCUCAUUCGCGACUCCCCGCAUCGACCACAGGUCAGAUCGCUUCCGUGCCGUUGGCAUCACGAGUCCUGCCCCAGCGCUGGAUCGGCUACAUAUCCUGGUUCAGCAGCUCCUGCCCACCCCGCGAGGAGGUGCGCACCCUGACAGAGCGGAGCAAGAGACGAAGACCUCAAUUCUGCAGACCGUCAGCCUGAGGUCAUUGGCCCGCAUGGUGAGAAGGAACGCGGAGCAUACGAGGCUCAUCUCCGCAGGCGAGCUGAGAGACGAGAGCGAAGAGGGGACGCAAGGCGAUGCGGCCAGUGAGGAGGCCAGCGAAUCCAUGACGCCAUCGCGCGCUGAGGACAUCGCGAAUUCGAGCUCAUCACCUCUCGCGCCCUCGUCACAUCUCACAGCCCAACUCGAUCUCCCACCCCUCCUCGCCUUCCUCCAACAAUCCCUGCACGCCUUCCUUCAGCGAGCAAUCGCGCGGCUUGCCCACCCCGCCGAUGAUGACCUCAACAGCUCCGCUGCGGCCCGCUGGCUCAACGACAAGGAAGUGAAGCGAGCGCUGCGGGAGGUUGGGGUGGAAAGGCUAAGUCUGAGAGACACAGAGCAGGUGGCAGUGCCAUCGAUCGAGGAUGAGGAGGCGCAGCCACGAGGCAUGGUCCUCGACUGGAUGCAAAGACCAUCGCGGCUUGGACGCGACGAAGAGGAGCCAAACGACUCGAUCGGCGAUGUGAGGCUCGCGCACGCCCUCAACGCCGAGAGCUUCAACUUCAGACGCGCGAAUUCCCGGCCCUCUCAGCUUCCCACGCGCGGCCAUGCACGUGACGCUGUACCCGAUAGCGGCGAGGAGGAGCUCUCGGAUGACGUGAAGCACGACGAUGACGAGGUCUUUGAGACUCUGGGCGAAGCGCACGAGGUGGAGCAUGUGAGAGAGAUGUGGACGGCGUUGAAUGAGGCAGCGCCAAGGAGAGGGCAGAAGAGGGCCAUUUCCGAGGACGACGACGAGUCUGAUGAGAGAGAAGAAGAGGAUGAUGAUGAUGGUGUGAUUGAUGAAGCAGAGGAUGAUGACGAUGUGAUGGAUGAAGCAGAGCCUGCGCACGAUGGCUACGAUGAGCAGCUCGAUACAGAGGACGAGGACGAGGACGCACGCAUCGCCCGUCGAGACGCUGAAGCGGAUAAGGCGUAUGCAGCCGUGGAGCGGUCGAGGUGGUUUGGGUCAACUUAGCUCGUAGUGUCAUCGUUGCAAUCAUGAAUUCUUCUUUUCAUGUCACG